AUGGCAUAUUCUCUCUACGAUGCAUCGAUAAAAAUGGCCAAUGGUGCCCUAGGUUCCCUCGAUAGAAUCCUCACCAUUGCUGAAGAGAAACCAAAUUCAGAAACCUUUAUUUCGGCUCGUCUUGUUGAAGAUAUGAAUCCCCUAAGUUUCCAAGUUUAUUAUGCUACGUUACUGGCGGAGUCGGUAGCGGCACUUUUAAGUGGUCAAGAGUACGAACCUCAAAGCAGUGAGAUUGGAAAUUAUGAAGAAAUGCAUUCUCGAAUUGCCCGUACUCUCGAGCAGUUAAAAAAAGUUGAUAAAGAAAAAGCUAAUGAAAUUGGAGAAACCCUCAUUAUGACCGAUACCCCUCAGGGACGUCAGGAGGCGCCGGUAAAACAUGUUAUAACUAUUAGGCAUAUGCCCAAUUUGUACUUCCAUGUUGGAAUGGCAUAUGCCAUUUUGAGAAAGGAAGGUGUUCCAUUGGGUAAGAGGGACUGGAUCAGACCGUACUUGAGUGAGUUUACGUGA